CCCCCCUCACUGGAGACCCUGCUUCAAUCAGCGGCGUCCCCGCGCCCAGCCCCGCGCGCCCAGCCCGCCCGGGGAGCUGUCCCUGCUGCCCCAGCCGAGCCAGGGGAGAGGGGGCUGCUCGGAGCGGACGGUCCCUUUCCUGCCAGCUGUUGCCCGGGGAGGGGUCGGAGGCGGGUCCGGGUCAGGCCGGCUCCUCCCGGUGGCUCCGGCCCGGCUGCCCCGAGAUGAGCAGCCCCGAUGCGGGCUACGCCAGUAGCGACGACCAGACGCAGGCAAGGUGCUCGCUCCCCAUCAUGAUGCCGGCGCUGGGCCCCUGCCAGUGGGCAGAGACCCUGAGCCCCCUCGCAGACGCCAAGGUGAAGAGUGAGGCGGCCCCGGCGGGGGCUGCGAGCAGCCGGGCCAAAAGCGAGUCCCGCAUCCGCCGGCCCAUGAACGCCUUCAUGGUGUGGGCCAAGGACGAGCGCAAGCGGCUGGCGCAGCAGAACCCGGACCUGCACAACGCGGAGCUCAGCAAGAUGCUGGGGAAGGCCUGGAAGGCGCUGUCGCUGGCGGAGAAGCGGCCGUUCGUGGAGGAGGCGGAGCGGCUGCGGGUGCAGCACAUGCAGGACCAUCCCAACUACAAGUACCGGCCGCGCCGGCGGAAGCAGGUGAAGCGCCUGAAGCGCGUGGAAAGCGGCUUCCUGGCGCACGGGCUGGCGGAGGCGCCGGGCGCCGGGCUGGCCAGCGAGGGCAGCAGGAUGUGCGUGGAGAGCCUGGCGCUGCCCUACCCGGAGCAGGGCUACCCCGCCGUGCAGAGCGCGCUGCCCCCGGCGCUGGGCCACUACCGGGACUGCCAGCCCCUGGCUGCCGCCUUCGACGGCUACAACCUGCCGACCCCGGACCCGUCCCCGCUGGAAGCGGCGGAGAGCGAGGCGGCCUUUUUCACGCCGCCCCUGCAGGACGAGUGUCAGCUGGCGCCCUACGGCUACCCCGCGGCCGAGUACCCCGCGCACGGGGCCGAGAGCCAGGCCAGCGCCGCGCUCCGCAGGCACCUGCCCCGCGCCGAGCCGCUGGGGCAGCUCAGCUCCCUGCAGAGCCUGCUGGGCUGUCAGGGCCCCCUGCACGCCUACUACGGGCAGCUGUGCCCGCCCGCCGGCCCGGCCCGCGCCCCCCAGCUCCCGCCGCAGCCCUGCCAGCCCUCGCCGCCGCCCGAGGCGCAGCAGUGCAGGGAGCCGCUGGAGCACCUGUCGCAGGACGAGUUGCUGGGCGACGUGGAUCGCACCGAGUUCGAGCAGUACCUGCACUUCGCCUGCAAGCCCGAGCUAGGGCUCCACUUCCCGGGCCACGACGCCGGCCUGGCCGCGCCAGACGCCCACGGGCCCCUCUCCUCGGUGGUUUCGGAUGCGAGUACUGCUGUGUAUUACUGCACUUACCCAGACGCCUAAGAGACACGGUCACUCCCAGCGCUCUCGCGGUGCGAAGUCGCUGUGAGUCUGUGGCGGACUCCCCGGUGAUGGGAAGCCUUGUACGGAAGGGUGUGUGCUUUGCUCCUAUUUAUGUAAUUUAUUGGAAUCUUGAGAACUGACAGGUGACAGAGACCCACUCAAGGUUUGAAAGACAGCUCUCCAUCUGAUCCCCAAGUGGUGCAAUUCUAGUGUUUCACCCUGAACUGAAAAUUAAAACUAUUUAAACUUCAGAUAGCUGCACAGUUGGACUGUAAUUUAUCAGCUCCUGGAAGAGUUCACGAUGCUGUUUAAAUGUUGUGACUGUUCAGUUUUAUACAUAUGGAAUUUGGGUUUUGUACAGACUAAUUUUGCACUUUUUACAAAUAAAGGGAAAAAUAAUAAUUUUUUUCACUUUCAUAGCCCCUUACAUCUACGAUUAGUAUUUUAAUGUAUACGGUAGUUAAUAGCUAACGA